AUGGCAGAAAAAGAACUCAAAGUAGAAUUUAUCAGUAACCUGAGUGGUACUACUCUAGCGGAGAAUUUAUUGGGUUUAAUUCUGUCUGCAUUAUGUGUCACGUAUCGAGGACUGAUAUUAAUGUAUUUUGUUGGAGAAAGUGCAACAUCAUCAUGGAAAAGACUUCUGAUUGAUUUUAUUGUGUUAGUGGCAUUUCUUGUACUGUCCUGCACAAUUUUGGCAGAUAUGCUUCACUGGUUGGUGCUGGUUCUAGUAGCUGUACUUGCAUUAUCUGUGUUUCAGAUAUACAGUCAACGAAAACAGCAUUCUCGUCAGCAGUUAAAGGAAGUCAUAAGAUCUUUUUUGGAAACCAGCUUGGAUGUGAAUUGCAUUCCCUUUGUCACUUUAUUUCGCGUCUUCAUUAACAUAAAGACAGGCAUCAGCAUUCUAGCUGUGGACUUUCCAAUAUUUCCAAGACGCUAUGCCAAAGCUGAAACGUAUGGAACUGGGAUUAUGGAUUUUGGAGUGGCAGCUUUUGUUUUUGCAAAUGCUGUUGUAUCUCCUGAAGCAAGACAAAAGAACAAAAAUAUAUCAUAUUCCAAUUUCAGUUUUGUGAUUAAACAGAUCAUAGCAGUUUGGCCUUUGGUUUUCUUAGGGUUAGCUCGUUUAAUAAGUGUUAAAGCAGUGGACUAUCAUGAGCAUGUAACUGAGUAUGGUGUACAUUGGAACUUCUUUUUCACACUGGCAAUAGUUAGGGUCUCGUCAUCUUUUCUUUUGAUAUUAUGCCCUGUGAGAAGUUCCUGGAUCUUGUCAGCUAGCGUUGCCGUCUGUUAUCAGUUGCUCCUUGAAAUUACAAAUCUGAAGCAAUUUAUAUUACAUGGAAAUGAUGGCAAAGGCACAAGGUUUGGAUUCAUUAAUGCCAACAGAGAAGGACUCUUUUCAUUGCUGGGAUACAUAGCCAUUUACAUGGCUGGUGUACAGGUUGGCAUUUACAUAAUGAAGAAGAGAACGUUGGUAAAAGACUGGAUAAAAGUUCAAGGUUUCCUCGUAAUGAACUUUUUGAUCUUGUGGCUGCUACUGCACGUGUCUGAGGCCCUCACAGAUCCAGUAUCCCGCCGAAUGGCCAACUUGAGUUUUGUUUUAUGGACAGUUGGGCAGAGUUUGUUUUUUCUGAUGAUUUAUUUACUGGCUGAUCUUGUUUUAGUAUUUAUCAAGGUUAUCUCAGGGAUGGCUAAUGUACCAAGUUCAUGGAACAUUUUACCAGAUUCUUCCCAAAAGACAAAGAAUAGGACAUCGUUGAAAAGCCAUUCUUUUGGAAAGUUGGAUAAAACCACUGUACAUUUCUGUCUUAUUGAAGCUGUAAGCAGGAACCAACUUCUGUUUUUCCUGCAAUCUAAUAUCUUGACUGGUUUAGUGAAUCUCACAAUAGAUACGGUUCAUAGCAGCACAUUUAUUUCCUUAUUUGUACUUUUAGUUUAUAUGUUUUGUAAUUGUGUCAUUGUCUACAUUUUACACAUUAAUGAUAUUACCUUAAAGUUUUGGUGAUUAGCUCUUUGCAUGAUUCACUUUCAACUAAGUAAAAUCAUCCUGACACUGAGGCCAGAGUUCUUGCACUUUACUAAUCAGCCUUUAUGUUACAUUUACACCUCAAAUAAUUUAUAAAGU